GACAGGACGGGACAGAGCGGUGCCGUGAGGAGCCCCCGCACAGCGCACUCCUCCGUCUCUGACCCAGAACUUUUCCCUUGACCUUAGAGCUGCAGGUGACCUCGAGGCCAGGCCACAGCACUUGGUGACCUGUGGCCUCCUUGGGACUUCUCUUUUGCAGGUGCCCUCGACGGCAGACUGUGGGACUUGGUGACUCAGAACGUUUCCAAGGAAUCUCCCCUCCUUGUGGCCAGUACCCUUGAGGCGAGACCGUAAGACUUGUUGACUCAGAGCUCUUCCAGGCUUCUUUCAGGUGGCCUCAACACCAGAUUUUAGGAUGGCAGAGAAACGCCAAGGCCUGUCCGGGGUGAAUAGUAAGAAAGGCUCUUCAGCUUCUCCAGCAAAGAAGCCUAAUGUGGUGCCACGGUCCCAGGAUGGGAAGAAGCAGACACAAGAGCAGGACCCAGGCCAAAGCCGCUUCCGCAGAGCACUGGAGAUGUUUCUGAAGUUCAAGGGCAGGCGUGAAAAGACCACAGAGGAUUCAGACAAAUUUAGCUCCAGGCCAACUGAUGCUAGCAUAGCAUCAAUUGAAUGCGCAGAAAUGUCUAAUUACAUAGUGAAGGCUGACCAGGUGCCAGCCAUGGUGAGGAUCAUGCACGAGAGACUUGCGUCCCCUGAGACUGCUGAUGUCAGGCUAUUCAUGAACAUUCUGAGGAUGGCUGAAGAACACCCUGCUGGUGUGGUGCUGACACUCCUGCGCUGUGCCCCAACGUGUGACAGAGCUGCUGCAAUGAUGUGGAGAGCCAUAGGCACAUCGGGAUCUACCGUGGGGAAGGUGCUGCCAAUUCUGCUCUGUGUCAUGGAGGACUGGCCUCUGCACAGCAUGUGCACCUCUGAUGGAGACAACGAAGAUGUUUUUGCCCUGGCUGCAACUCUGGUGAUCUGGGUGAUGGUCCAGGUGCCCAAGAGCCAUGAGGCAAUGUACAUUUAUGCCCCCCACCUCCUCGUGGCUCUGUUAGCUCAAAUUUUUGACAGCACUGUGCAUGGAACUGAGGAGGUUGACAACUUUUGGACACAAUGCCAGGCAGAACACAACCUUCAAACAAACCCCAGCAGGUUUGCAGUCCAGACCAUGAAGUCCCUGCUCUGCCGACUGCGGUGUGACAACGUGGUGAUGGCCAUGGAGCGCAAGCGUGGCUGGGACACGCUGCUGUCUGCUGACACCCAGCACUAUGCCACGGGUCUGCUGGCCAGGGAGAUGCACCGUGACUUGACCCUCUUGUGUUCCCGCAUUGCAUGCCACCUGCUUGGGAUGCUUAGCACACCACGCUGGGAUCUGCCUGCCCUGGCAUUCCUUGUGGAGGUCCUGGAUUGCCUGGACUUGUGUGAAUGUAGGGAUGGUGUUCUGGAGAUGAUGUCAAGGUACCUACAGAGCGAGUGCAAGGAGAGGCGUCGCCUGGCACUCAGAGGCCUUGUGGUGCUCAUCAAGGAUACCUUUAUGGCCAGAAGAAUAGGCAUGCUGUCUCAACGCCUUGUGGAUGUGCUGGGUGAUGCAGAUGGAGAGAUGGUCAGGAUGUCCCUCUCUGUCUUCAUGAAUGUUCUCCAUUACAAGGGUAUCAUGGUAUCUUGCACAACCGCCCCAAGGCUGGCUGAGGCGCUCCUACCACUCUUUGACCAUGACAACAGCCAUGUGCGGGUGCUCUCCAUUCAACUUUUUCACAAGGUGAUGGACUUGGUAGUGGACGAGGGAAAAAAGGCCAUGAAAAGAAUAGUGAGUGAGAGCCUGCUCCCACUCUUCUUGCACUGCCAUGAGGAGAACCAGCGCCUGGCAGAGGCCUCUAUAGAAACACUGCUUCAUGCAGCCGGGUUCCUGAAGAAGAGGGGUCUGAAGCAGGUAGUUAAGAAGGAGAAGCUAUGGAAGUUUGCCAAACGCCUGGUAAGGACGGCCUGGAAGCGCCAGGCUGAGGCUGGAGCAGCCCCCUGAGCGCGGCGCUCACCGUGUGCGCUUGGCAGCUGUGGCCCUGCCCAGCGCUGCACGCAGGGGCCGCACGGGCUCUUCUCCCGGCUCCUGCGGCCCCGAGCCGGCUGCCCACGGAGCCCCGGCCCAGCGGGGCUGCGGGCCGGGCCGGCACCGC